UUGCCCAGGGCUUCUCAGUGAUCAAGAUUUCGCUUUCCUGUAUGAUGAAUACUGCGCAUGGCAGCUUGACCAUCUCCCAUACGAAGUGAUUGAAGCUCAAUUUCAAACCCGCCUAAUCUUUGUUGGCCGACAUUAUGAACCCGGAUUUGCAGCCACGAUACAAACCAUGUAAAACAAACCCAUGGCGAAGAAUGCCAAGACCCGCGCGGCAAAACCCGACGGCAAGAGCCGAAACAACUCGGAAGCGUUCCGUUCCCGUCCCUUCAGCCCCACCAUAACAAUAAGCAGCGAUCAACCAAGCAAAUCUAAUACAAAUUUACCCCAACAUUCACACAAAAACGAUCCCCCCGCACAUACACCCAAGAUAUUAAGUCUUCCUUUCUCCUACACACCAACCACGAUCGGCUCAAAAUGACCACCACCAACCCAACAACCGACCCAGCCACCAUCCUCGCGCACGUGCAAUCCGUCAGCGCCACCCAGCGCGCCAACAGCCCCAUCUACGCGCACCUCCUGGCCGACAUGACCAUCACCGCCGCCACGGAGGGCCAGAUCCACGCGACCAUCCGCGUCGCCCAGCCGCAUAUCAACUCGAAAGGAGGACUGCACGGCACCAUGUCCGCGUGCAUCGUCGACUGGGCCGCCGGGAUGGUCAUCGCCACCUACGGCGGCAGCUACACGGGCGUGAGCACGGACCUGCAUGUCUCGUAUGUCGCCUCCGCACGGGAGGGCGACACGCUGGAAAUCACCGGCCGGGCGAUGAAGGUUGGGGGCACGAUGGCGUUUCUGUCUGUCGAGAUCUGCAAGGUGGUUGAGGGGAGCGGGGAGAGGGUCGUCGUUGCUACGGGGUUGCAUACUAAGUAUGUUAAGCAGCGGGCGACUUAGAGUUGAUUUGUUGUGUCUAUGGGGCAGAAGGUACUAGAUGUUCGGUGCUUUAGGGGUGAGAUGGAUGAUGUGUGAUACGUGAGGAGGAUCCAGAUGUUUAGUGAUGGUAUAGGAAAAUGGGCGGCGACAGUCAAGAAUGUAUAUAAAGUUCCU